AGCAACCAAGGAGGGAUUUUAUUAUUUUGAACAGUCCUAUCAGUGACAGCUGUAAGUUAAUGUGUUAUUAGCGAUACAGAACUGGGAAAACUGGGCUGGACACAAUUGUAUUUAUAGAGGCUGGUGCAGGAGAGAGAGCACUGAGAGGCAUCAGAACAUGCUAACCACCAUGCCCUUGCUGCUUGGAUUGUUCACCCUCCUUGGCAGCACUUGUGCCCUGGAUAAUGCUUCAAUGCCUGGCAACUACACCAUAGACGAAGCAGGGGCAAGUCAUUUUGUGACCGAGUAUAACUCAACAGCAGAGAUCGUCCUCUUCAAGAGUGUUUCAGCCAGCUGGGAUUACAACACGAACCUGACUGAAUACAACCAACAGAAGCAGAUCAAUGCCUCCUUGGAAGAGCAGGAAUUUGUGGAAGCCUGGGCCAAGAAAGCGAAGGAGUUUGAUGACGUCAAAAACAAAUUCAAUGAUACAACGCUGAUAAAACUCCUCAACAAGAUUCGCAUCCUCAGCUCUGCUAACCUCCCGCCUAGUGAGAGGAAGGUGUACAACACCAUCCUGAGUGAAAUGGACAAUAUAUACUCCACAGCUAAGGUGUGCCCACCCGGUGAACAGGAUCCCAACAAAUGUUGGUCUCUUGAGCCAGAGCUGACGGAUAAGAUGGCAACGUCUUUGAGUUACAAGGAGCUGCUGUACGCAUGGGAAGGCUGGCACAAUUCUGCAGGGAACCCACAGAGAGAGAACUACAAACAAUUUGUUGAAAUGAGCAACAAUGCCUCUAAACUGGAUGGCUUUAGUGACACUGGAGAGUACUGGAGAUCCUGGUAUGACUCGUCAACGUUCACUGAGGAUCUUGAAAAGAUCUACAAUGAUAUCAAACCACUUUACCUUAAUCUUCAUGCUUUUGUGAGGAGGAAGUUAUACGAGAGAUAUGGAUCCAAAUAUAUCAAUCUGAAAGGACCUAUUCCUGCACAUCUAUUGGGUAAUAUGUGGGCCCAGAGGUGGAACAACAUCUACAACACCAUGAUCCCAUUCCCAAACAAACCCAACAUUGAUGUUACCGAUACGAUGAUUAAGCAGAAAUGGAACGCCACUUUCAUGUUCAGAGUGUCUGAGGAAUUCUUCGCAUCCUUGGGGCUCAUCAAGAUGCCAGAGGAAUUUUGGAAGUACUCUAUGCUUAAGAAACCUGAUGAUGGCAGGGAGGUUGUGUGCCAUGCAUCUGCCUGGGAUUUCUAUAACCGGAAGGACUUCAGAAUCAAACAGUGCACGACCGUCACCAUGGAGCAGCUGUUCACGGUUCACCAUGAGAUGGGACACGUGGAGUACUACCUACAGUAUAAGGACCAGCCAGUCAGCUUCAGGAGCGGAGCCAACCCAGGCUUCCAUGAAGCAAUCGGGGAUGUUUUGGCACUCUCAGUCUCAACACCCAUUCACUUGCAAAAGAUCGGACUACUGGAAAGUGCCACCAGUGAUGAGGAGUCUGACGUUAACUACCUUCUGAAAAUGGCCUUGGAAAAAAUUGCCUUCCUCCCGUUUGGAUACCUGAUCGAUCAGUGGCGUUGGAGAGUGUUCGACGGACAGAUUUCCCCAGACAACUACAACUAUGAAUGGUGGUACCUGAGGACAAAGUACCAAGGCAUCUGCCCCCCUGUUCCAAGGAAUGAAACAAACUUUGACCCUGGUGCCAAGUACCACAUCGCUGCAAAUACUCCUUACAUCAGGUACUUUGUGAGUUUUAUUCUACAGUUCCAGUUCCACAAAGCACUAUGCAAUGCCAGUGGACACACAGGACCUCUGCAUCAAUGUGACAUCUACAACUCAACUGCAGCUGGGAAAUUACUCAGUGACGCACUGAAGGUCGGCGCUUCAAAACCUUGGCAGGAUGUCCUUCAGAGUUUUACAGGCAGUAAUAAAAUGGAUGCCUCUGCCCUGCUGGAGUAUUUCAAACCUGUCACCAAGUGGCUGAUGGAGCAAAACAACAAAACUCGUGAACAGCUGGGGUGGCCUGACUUUGAUUGGCGUCCCCCUGUCCCUGAGGGAUACCCAAAUGGCAUUGGUAAAAUCACUGAUGAAAAUAAGGCAAAGAUCUUUGUUAAUGAGUACAACACAGUGUCCGAGAAGGUGUUGUACAACUACACAGAGGCCUCAUGGACAUAUAACACCAACAUUACUGAACAUAACAACAAGAUUGUGUUGGAGCAGAGCCUGCAGUUGUCCAAUCAUGCACUAAAGUACGGGCUGAAAGCUCGUGAGUUCGAUUACACAGACUUCCAGAACCAAGAAAUCAAACGCAUUCUGAAGAAGCUGAGUGACAUUGGUCAGUCGGCACUCCCUGAAGCAGAAGUGAAGGAGUUGAACAAAGUCGUGUCUGACAUGGAGACCACCUACAGUGUUGCUAAAGUAUGCCGAGAGAACGGGACCUGUCACCCCCUGGACCCCGAUCUGACACAUAUCUUGGCCACUUCAACCGACUACAACGAGCUGCUGUUUGCCUGGAAAGGAUGGAGAGAUGCUUCAGGAAAGAAAAUGAGGACAAACUUCAAGAGAUAUGUGACGCUAAGCAACAAGGCUGCAACACUUAAUGGCCACGCUGAUGCAGGAGAAUUCUGGAGGUCGUUCUAUGAUUCCAAGACCUUUGAAGCAGAUUUAGAGAAGAUUUACAAUGAGUUGAAGCCCCUGUACCAAAACUUACACGCUUAUGUCAGGAGAGGAUUACACAAGAAAUAUGGAGACAAGUACAUUAACCUGAAGGGCCCAAUCCCAGCCCAUCUCUUAGGUAACAUGUGGGCCCAGUCAUGGAUUAAUAUCUACAAUCUGCUGACGCCCUAUCCCAAUGCCAGCCAUGUUGAUGCCACACCUGAAAUGAUCAAACAGAAAUGGACUCCUUUAAGAAUGUUUCAGGAAUCAGAUAAUUUCUUCAAAUCACUUGGCCUCAUCCCAAUGCCGAGAGAGUUCUGGAGUAAGUCGAUGAUCGAGAAGCCAAAGGACCGAGAAGUUGUGUGCCACGCUUCCGCCUGGGACUUCUACAACCGCAAGGACUUCCGAAUUAAGCAGUGCACUGUGGUGAACAUGGAUGACCUGGUGACUGUGCAUCAUGAAAUGGGACACAUCCAAUACUUCCUUCAGUACAAAGACCUGCACAUCUCGUUCCGUGAAGGUGCUAAUCCUGGGUUCCACGAGGCCAUCGGUGAUGUAAUGGCUCUGUCAGUAUCCACACCCGCACACCUCCACAGCAUUGGGCUGCUCAGCAAGGUGGAGAACAACAAAGAGAGUGAUAUUAACUUCCUGAUGAGCAUGGCCCUGGACAAGGUCGCCUUCAUCCCAUUUGGCUACCUGAUAGACCAAUGGCGAUGGAAGGUUUUUGAUGGGCGGAUCUCUGAAAGUAACUACAACCGAGAGUGGUGGAACCUGAGGUUAAAAUAUCAAGGCCUGUGUCCUCCUGUCCUUCGCUCAGAGGAAGAUUUUGAUCCUGGUGCAAAAUUCCACAUUCCUUCAAGUGUCCCGUAUAUCAGGUACUUUGUAAGCUUCAUCAUCCAGUUCCAGUUCCAUGAGAGCCUUUGUAAAGCUGCUGGUCACACAGGACCUCUCUACAAAUGUGACAUCUAUAAGUCAAGAGCAGCUGGAAAACUCAUUGGGGAUGCCAUGAAACUGGGAAGCAGCAAGACCUGGUACGAGGCCAUGAGAAUGAUCACUGGGAACACAUCUAUGUCGGCUGCUUCCCUGUUGAGAUACUUUCAGCCGCUGAUCACAUGGCUCGAAGCCAAAAACAAGAAGAACAACGAGACAUUGGGAUGGCCCGAAUAUGACUGGAAGCCAGGGGCUCAUCACUCAGGAGUCUGCUCCAAGGACCACACACCUUUCAGUGAGUGGGGGGAGGAGGGAUCGAGUGUGGGUGUCACUGAGGUGGGUCAGGAUCCCCUGAUAAUGGACAACCAGUGAGCUGGGCACCACUGAUCGAUGAUUCUCGCCUUCACCACUCCCUCCCUCAGUGACUUCCACAAUCCCACCACACUCAGCACCAAGCAUUUCCUCUUAACAUCCCUGUCAGUUGUUGAUAAUACCUUCGCUUUAUGGCACCUUGUUUUUGGACCACUAUAAGUAUCUCCUCUAUGCCAAUCCUAUCAAAACACUUCCACAAUCUUAAAGGUCAACGUUCUCUAGCUUCUGGGGGAAGGCGCCCAAACCUGUUCCACCCUGACCGGGCCAGCUGCCUCUUGUACAUAGACCCAAUUUGUUACUGAGUGAAGGGAAUCCACCCUCCAACUUACACACAUUGGUCCACGUCCCUUAAUAAUAGAAGUAACAAGAAGACAAUCAAGAUCUGUCCGAAGCUGAGGUGACUUGUUACAUAGAACAUAGAAUAUUACAGCACAGUACAGGCCAUUCAGCCCACGAUGUCGUGCCGACAUGUUAUCAACCUACCCUUCCCUCCCACAUAGCCCCCCAUUUCUCUAUCAUUCAUGUGGCUAUCUAAAAGUCUCUUAAAUGUACCUAAUGUAUCUGCCACCACAAUCUCUGCUGGCAGUGCUUUCCACGCACCCACUGCUCUACAUGUAAAAAACAUACCUCUGACAUCCCCAUUGUACCUUCCUCCAAUCACCUUAAAAUUAUGUCCCCUCGUGUUAGCCAUGAGAAAAAGUCUCUGACUGUCCACUCUAUCUGCAGCUCUUAUCAUUUUAUAUACCUCUAUCAAGUCACCUCUCAUCCUCCUUCUCUCCAAAGAGAAAAGCCCUAGCUCACUCAACCUAUCCUCAUAAGACAUGUUCUCCAAUCCAGGCAGCAUCCUGGUAAAUCUCCUAUGCACCCUCUCUAAAGCUUCCACAUCAUUCCUAGAAUGAGGCGACCAGAACUGAACACAAUACCCCAAGUGUGAUCUAACCAGAGCUAUAUAGAGCUACAUCAUCACUUUGCGGCUCUUGAACUCAAUACCCCGACUAAUGAAGGCCAACACACCAUACGCCUUCUUAACAGCUCUAUCGACCUGCACGGAAACCUUGAGGGAUCUAUGGACGUGGACCCCAAGAUCCCUCUGUUCCUUCACAUGCUAAGAGUCCUGCCAUUAACCUUGUAUUCUGUCUUUAAAUUCGAUCUCCCAAAGUGUAUCACUUCACACUUUUCCGGGUUGAACUCCAUCUGCUACUUCUCAGCUCAGCUCUGCAUCCUAUCAAUGUCCUGUUGUAAUAUACAGCAACCUUCUACACUAUGUAGAACACCACCAACCUUCAUGUCAUCAGCAAACUUACUAACCCACCCUUCCACAUCCUCAUCCAAGAUAAAAAUCACAAAGAGCAGGGGUCCCAGAACAGAUCCCUGCGGAACACCACUGGUCACCGACCUCCAGGCAGAACACGCACCAUCUACCACCACCAUCUGUCUUCUAUGGUCGAGCCAAUUCUGAAUCCACACAGCCAAGUUUCCCUGGAUCCCAUGUCUUCUGACUUUCUUAAUGAAAAUUGUUGAUGGUGUAGCAACUUACCGCACCAGCAUUGAACCGGCUCCCGACAUCGCGAAACGUUGUCGGAGGCCCCGAUCCAAGAUGGCGCAGGGCCCUCCUUCUUCCCCAUCGUCGGGCUAGGAAAGCCCACGCGCGGGAAGGUCAGGUGACCCGCGCGUGACGUCAGCGCGGAAACUGUAGCGCGGGGAGUUUUGGGAUAUUAAAGGCACACCACGCCCCUGUCGUUCAU